CUCCCAGGCACUUCCGCUCCGGGAGUGUGAGAUUACUACCGAUUUGGGCAGUGGUAGUUUGGGGGAGUUCCGCAUCCUGCAGGCCUUUUCUGAAUUCCCUGGAUGUACUCCUUGGAUCCUCAUGGAACUGGUGAUCGAUUUAGGGGAAAAGAAAUCGUGGCGGAGAGCGGAGGUUUGGAGGCCACCCUUUUGUGUGUUUUUCUGCCUUGUGUGGCACUUUCCAGGUACUAUUGUGCCUUGCUGCGAACUGCAUAACCUAGGACUCCACAAAUUCCCAGAAGCUGGAUGAAAAAUGACCACAUUCAAGGAGGCAGUGACGUUCAAGGACGUGGCUGUGGUCUUCACGGAGGAGGAGCUGGGGCUGCUGGACUCUGCCCAGAGGGAGCUGUACCGAGAUGUGCUGCUGGAGAACUUCAGGAACCUGCUGUCAGUGGGGCAUGAUCCAUUCCACCAAGAUACUUUCCACUUCAUAAAAGAAGAAAAGUUUUGGAUGAUGAAGACAGCAACCCAUAGAGAAGGGAAUUCAGGAGACAAAAUCCAAACUGAGAUAGAGACUAUUCCAGAAGCAGGAUCACAUGAAGAAUUGUCCUGCCAGCAAAUCUUAGAACAAAUAGCAAGUAACUUUACCACAUCUAAGUUCUCCACACAAGAUGAUAUGCCCUGCCAGGUUGAGACAGGACUGUCUGUUAUUCACAUAGGACAGAAACCUUACCUGGGUCAUGAGUAUAAACAGUCCUUAAGUGAUAUCUCAAUCUUUGAUCUUCAUCAACAAUUACACUCAAGAGAGAAGUCUUAUACAUGUAACGAGUGUGGAAAAAGCUUCUGUUAUAGCUCACUUUUUCAGAUUCAUCAGAGAAUUCACAAGGGAGAGGAACUCUAUAAGUGUGAUGUGUGUGGUAAGGAAUUCAGUCAAAGCUCACAUCUGCAGACUCAUCACAGAGUCCACACUGGAGAGAAACCAUUCAAAUGUGAGCAGUGUGGGAAAGGCUUCAGUCGUAGAUCAGGACUUUAUGUUCACCGCAAAUUACACACAGGAGAGAAACCUUAUAAUUGUGAGGAAUGUGGGAAGGCCUUCAUUCAUGAUUCCCAGCUUCAGGAACAUCAGAGAAUCCAUACUGGGGAGAAACCAUUCAAAUGUGAUAUAUGUUAUAAAAGCUUCCGCAGUAGAUCAUAUCUUAAUAGACAUUCCAUGGUCCACAUGCAAGAGAAGCCAUUCAGAUGUGAUACAUGUGGUAAGAGCUUUGGUCAGAGAUCAGCACUUAAUAAUCACUGCGUAGUCCACACUGGAGAGAAACGGUACAAAUGUAAGGAGUGUGGAAAAGGCUUCAUUUAUAGGCGACAUCUUUAUAAACAUCAGAUGGACCACACAGGGGACAAAGCAUAUAAUUGCAAAGAAUGUGGGAAGAGUUUCAGAUGGGCCUCGAGUCUUUCAAGACAUCAUCAGCAUGUGCACAGUGGAGAAACACCUUUGAAAUGUGAAGAAUGUGAGAAAAGAUUUACUCAGAAUUCACAAGUUUAUACUCAUCAUAGAGUCCACAGUGGAGACACGCCUUUCACAUGUGACGAAUGUGGGAAGGGAUUUUAUACGAACUCAGAGUGCUAUUCCAAUCAGAGAGCCCAGAGUGGAGAAAAGCCAUACAAAUGUGAGGAAUGUGGAAAGAGUUACAGAAGCAGGUGGUAUCUUCACUUUCAUCAGAGGGUCCACAGAGGAGAGAAACUCUAUAAAUGUAAGGAAUGUGGGAAGAGCUUUGGCUGGGCCUCUUGUCUUUUGAAUCAUCAGAGACUUCAUAGUGGAGAAAAACCAUUCAAAUGUGAAGAAUGUGGGAAAAGGUUUACUCAGAGUCCACAAGUUUAUACUCAUCAUCGUAGAGUCCACAGUGGAGAAAAACGGUUCAAAUGUGAAGAGUGUGGGAAGAGAUUUACUGAGAGAUCAGAACUUCAUUCCCAUCAGAGAGUUCACACUGGGGAAAAGCUAUACAAAUGUGAGGAGUGUGGAAAGAACAUUGUACACAGUUCAUACCUUAAAGACCAGCAAAGAGACCACAGUGGAGAAAAACCAUACAAAUGUGAGGACUGCAGGAAGGGCUACAAGAGGCGCUUGAAUCUUGAUAUGCUCUUGUCAUUAUUUUUAAGUGAUACGUAACUAUUCAUAUUCAUGGGAUACAUUGUGACAUUUUGAUACAAAUCUACAAUGUAUAAUGAUCAAAUCUGUAAUUAGCAUAUUUAUCUCCUCAAACAUUUAUCAUUUCUUUGUUUUGGAAGACCUUGAAAAUCUGCAUUUCAAGCUAUUUGAAAAUAAACACGAAAUCGUUGUUAAA